AUGUCAACUCUAUUUUUGAUCAACACCGUGGGUACUGAUGAGGACGUCCUUAACCUAGUUGAGUCAAAUGACCAUUAUAAGAAUUUGUUUCAUCGAAUCGUGCAUUUAGAAGAUCUGGAUUCAUUGGUUUCGAGGCUUUAUGAAGAUAGGUUACUUUCAUUACCCAAUAAAUGGAAUUAUGAAACAAGCAUGUCACUCGUCAUUUACAAUCCAGAUAAGAUAACAUCAAUGAUUCCCAUACGGACGAUGAAUUCUAUAUUCAAGAAAUUUUUUCCAACUUUAAAUAUAUCCUCUCUUGAUUCAAACGAUCUAGAAUCCAUCGAAUCAACCCUGGAUUUGAUCUAUAAUGAUUCUAAUAUUUAUCAUGAUAGGUUACAAUUGGUCGAUCAUUGGAUGUGUCAUUCUUCUACUUCUUGUGACACAAAUAUGUACUCAAUGUUGAAUCAAUUAACAGAAGCUAUUAACGAGAACAACACCUCAACAAGUUAUCAGAUACCAAGAGUCAUACGUAAUAUUUCAUUCGAAACAAUUAUUAACGAUUCAAAAAAUGAAGAUUUUUACUUCAAUUUAUUGAAUACAUGGAAUUUUUCUGCAUUAAGCCUUUCUACAUCUGAGUUGGUCCAAUGUGGGUACCAUCUAAUGAGUCAUUUAUCAGAAAACGCGGGUUCUUCGAUCCCUGCUAAUAAAUUAUAUCUAUUUCUUUUGACUGUGGAAUUAUCAUACCAUCAAACAAAUAAAUUUCAUAAUUUCAGACAUGCCAUUGAUGUCAUGCAAGCAACGUGGCAAAUAUGUCUCAAACUUAUACCCGAUGAUAGCAAGACAAUUUUAUUACUGUGUUUAGCAGCAAUCGGACAUGAUAUUGGCCAUCCUGGUACGAAUAAUUCUUUAUUACAAAAUAACAGUCAAUUAAAAGAUUUAUUCAAUGGCCAAUCCAUCUUGGAAAAUUUCCAUUUCAACAUUUUCAAUUCUAUAUUAGAUUCGCAAUGGCCUCAAAUAUUCAAAUUAAAAAAUAAUACUAAUAAUAAGUUGAUUCAUGAUGCUAUUAUUGCCACUGACAUGGGGCUACAUGAAACAUACGUAAAAUCAUUAGACAAUAUUGAAUCUGAUUUGGAUUUGGUUCAAUUGAUCUCCCUAAUAAUUAAAGCUGCUGAUAUUUCAAAUGUGACAAGACCUCUAAAUAUCUCAGCCAAAUGGGCAUAUUUAAUAUCGUUAGAGUUUAAUGAUUGUGCCUCUUUACAAGAACAUUAUAAGGAUUCUAAUGGGUCAACUUGUUCAACUCACGAAAACAAAAACUCUAAAAAUACUAUAAAAUUAUCUGAGCAAGCACUUAAAUUAGAAUCCGAAAGGGAAAAUAUCUUGGAUAAUGGAUUCCAUAUUGAUAAGUUAUUGGAAUUAUAUCCAAUGAUACCGAAUGGACAAAUUUUUUUUAUUAACACAUUUGCAUCUGAAUUUUUCACAAAAUUAUCGAUCAAGUUUCCUGCAUUGAAAUUCUUAAUUGAUAAUAUAAAUUCCAACAAGGAAUUUUGGAUAUCAAAAAGAGACGAACUUAAGGAUAGGAGUAGUUAA